AAACUCAGGGAGAGAAGUUUCCUUUUUGCUUUAUUAUUACUUUUAGUCCUGGAAUUUUCGCUCCGGGUCUGCCGAGGGCCUCCUCCUGGUAUAAGAGAUACACCUCUGUCCAAGUUGGGACGCCAUUCCUCCCGCCCUCCUGGCUGGGAUCACUAGUGAGGCUCAUCUGUCGUCUGCUUGGAGGGUGUCAUUUCUUUCUUUGGCUUGUGAAGAGAGAUCGUCCUGCGUGCUCUUGGCGUGUGGCGCUCCCUCAGCGACCCCCUGUGCUAGCAGAGACCAGACCGGUCUCUGAGCUGAACUGCACCGCUGCCUCCCAAACGAAGCAACACUGGCGGACUCAGAGAUUCGGCACAGCUCUGUCCUGAUAUGCGUUAGACCUGUUCGAAGAUGGCUGACCCCUGGGAGGAGUGCAUGGACUACGCCGUGACCCUGGCACGGCGAGCUGGAGAGGUGGUUCGUGAAGCUUUGAAAAAUGAAAUGAACGUGAUGAUUAAAAGUUCUCCAGCCGACUUGGUAACUGCGACUGACCAGAAGGUUGAAAAGAUGCUUCUCUCUUUCAUAAAGGAAAAGUACCCGUCACACAGUUUCAUCGGUGAGGAAUCCGUGGCCGCCGGGGAGAAAAGUGUCCUCACUGACAACCCCACGUGGAUCAUCGACCCCAUUGACGGAACAACUAACUUUGUGCAUAGAUUUCCUUUUGUGGCUGUUUCCAUCGGCUUUGUUGUCAAUAAAGAGAUGGAGUUUGGAGUUGUGUACAGCUGCGUGGAGGACAAGAUGUACACGGGCAGGAGGGGCAGGGGCGCCUUCUGUAACGGCCAGAAGCUGCAGGUCUCCGGGCAGGAAGAUGUCACCAAGGCACUCCUGGUGACAGAGCUGGGCUCCUCCCGGACGCCGGAGACCGUGCGGACCGUCCUCGCCAACAUGGAGAAGCUGCUCUGCCUCCCCAUCCACGGGAUCCGAGGAGUCGGGACGGCGGCUGUCAACAUGUGCCUGGUGGCCAGCGGAGCUGCGGAUGCGUAUUACGAGAUGGGCAUCCACUGCUGGGACAUGGCAGGAGCGGGCGUCAUCGUCACCGAGGCCGGUGGGGUGCUGAUGGACGUGACAGGGGGACCGUUCGAUUUGAUGUCGCGGAGAAUCAUUGCUGCGGGCAGUAAAACCUUAGCGGAGAGAAUAGCCAGAGAAAUCCUGGUCGUGCCCUUUCAAAGAGACGACGAAGACUGAGCCUCACCGCCUCGCACUCGGCCACGGUGGCUGCUCGCCCAGAUUUGCUGACACUGAUGGUGUCACAAAAUUUAGGACAUCAUUUCAGUCCUGUAAUCUGAUUGGCUUAAAUUGUCUUGAUGUCCAGAUUUAAAAAUUGCCACUUGUUCCAUAUUUUACUAGGACUCGGUAGGCACGAAUAGUUGAAAUGUUGUUUCAUUGUUUUAAAAUUCUGUGUGUAAGAAUGUACCUUUCGGCAGCUGAUGAGACAAAGUAGUGAGCAUUCAGUUUCCGAGUCUGUAUGAGCCUCUGGAAUUUUGACUUGCCACUGAUGUACCUAAACAUUCUUAAUUACAAAGUCAACCUUUUGGAAAAGAAUUUAUAUUGAAAAUAAUUUUAGGUUGAAAAGCCACAUUUCAUUGAGUUUGUAAGAAGUGUGAGGAGUACUGCCUGGCCUGGCUUCGGUCUUUGCAGAGAGCCUUGCUUUGUGCAUCGGUGCGCAGCUAGCACCUGGCACAGCCCCUGUCAGGCGCUCGGCAGUCUAAAGUAAAGCAUUGCAACCACGAGGCUUCUGGAGGGAGCAGGUCCUGGUUAUAGCAGAUACAUAAGUGAAGAGCUCACCGUUCUGUGUUAUCACUUCAGGUUUUGAAGUGAGAAUUAUCUAGCCACCCUUUACAUUUCACAUUACCAUUCCUAUUAGCAUUUCAUUCCACACGUUCCCAUUGCCACCCCGCCAGGUGUGGGCAUUUCCGCAGCGAAUGUAUCGCCGGGACCCGCCUUCCAUGUGCCGUGGCUCCCUGUGCUCACAGAGACCCGGGUGAGCAGCGGAGACUGGACGGGCAGAUAGAUGGAGUUGAUAAUGUUGAGCUGCUUGGUCCUUCUUAGACUCGUUUCAUUUCGUUUCGACCGGUUUCUAUUCAGCCUUUAAAUAUUCCUUAAGGUCUUUGGUUUAUGAAACUCAAAAAGAAAAUUGCUUCAGUUCAUAGAUGCUUUUAAAGAUUUAUUUAUUGUUUAUUGGCAUGUGAACAGACUAUUAAGUUUAGUUAUUGCUUAUGCGAGCCUGGUGUUUGAGGGAACGGCAGUGUUCAGGGCAGGGCUAUUUUAUUGUGCGCGUCUCACAUUAAACUGUGUGGUACCAGACUUGAGUGUUAUCAUUGUGCAUUUGUGCUGCUGUCCACGUGCAGUAAAAUAUCUCAUACUGUAUUCUUGCAAAUAAAUAUAUUUUAAUUAAGACAA